AACUAUUAAUUCCGGCUCUGAAAUUCCCGACGCAGUAUAAAUGCGGCGGAGAUGCUUCUUUAUUUCUAGCAGCUUUUUGUUUUCUAUUUAUUUAUUUUGGCGAUUUUUCUCUUCUCUUGUUGUUGUAGAAGAAGAAACAUUUUUGUCGAAACACAAUAAUUUUUAGGGUAAUUUUGGGGUCUCUGAGGAGAAGGGUGAAACCCUAGAGAAGAAGAGAUCGAGGGUUUAGGGUUAGGGUUUGAUACGAUCGGAAUGUCGGGAGCGGGACAGGAGGAGGACAAGAAGCCCGCGGAUCAGUCCGCGCACAUCAAUCUCAAGGUUAAGGGACAGGAUGGGAAUGAGGUAUUUUUCAGGAUCAAGCGAAGCACUCAGCUGAAGAAACUAAUGAAUGCCUACUGUGAUCGUCAGUCGGUGGAUUUCAACUCCAUUGCUUUCCUCUUCGACGGCCGUAGGCUUCGUGGGGAGCAAACACCAGACGAACUUGAGAUGGAAGAUGGAGAUGAGAUUGAUGCUAUGCUCCACCAGACGGGGGGAAUAGCAGGAGGUGUGUAAAAAUGGAGAAAAAGAAAUCAUCUUCUGAUCUUUGAAAGGAUGUUAGAUGUCAUGUAAAGUGGAUAGAUGGUAAGCUUGUUUUAUAAAGUUUAGAACUUCUUCCUUUUACUCUCGGUGCAUCUGAGUCGUUGAUAUAAUGAUUCGGGGAUUUGAAUACUUUGGGAUGUUAAAUUAGUGGAUAUUCUGCUGUAGCAUUUUUCCGUUGGAUUGAGCACUUGCUAUUUUAACCAAGAAUUUUCUCAUGUGUUACUCUAAAUCUUAAUUUGUGAGUUCCUCUCUUGGCCUGUGACCAAGUAGAAAACCCUUUUUGCCUCUA